GCUAGCUGGUUUUCUUGCACUGGCUUGCCAGCCUGCCUUCUCCUUUCGGACUCUGGUCUACUGCUGCAUUCCUUCAUUGCUUCCCUCUGUAAAGAUUAUUUAUUGACUCUCAAAGUGUGCACGAUGGGGCAAUUGCUCUGUUAGCUGAGAUCCUACAGUCUUUCUGCACUACAAAAGCCUGCACCAAGCAGCUGACAGUCCAGCUUUGCACGACGAUGAAUUUCCUAGUAACGACUUCUACAACUGAAGAUGUCUAACAAUGGAGUUGAAGCAGAAGACAAACCGCCUGCUCCUCCGAUGAGAAAUACCAGCACGAUGAUUGGGUCAGGGAGCAAAGACGCUGGGACUUUAAACCAUGGCUCAAAACCUUUGCCUCCUAACCCAGAAGAAAAGAAGAAGAGAGACCGAUUUUACCGAUCUAUUUUACCGGGAGAUAAAACCAAUAAAAAGAAAGAGAAAGAGCGGCCAGAGAUCUCCCUCCCUUCAGACUUUGAGCACACAAUUCAUGUGGGGUUUGAUGCAGUCACAGGAGAAUUCACAGGAAUGCCGGAGCAAUGGGCCCGUUUACUGCAGACUUCCAACAUCACCAAGUCGGAGCAGAAGAAGAACCCUCAGGCAGUGCUGGAUGUGUUGGAGUUCUACAACUCCAAAAAGAUCUCCAACAGCCAGAAGUACAUGAGUUUCACAGAUAAGUCAACGGAGGAUUACACUUCGUCAAAUACAUUGAAUGUGAAGGCUGUGUCUGAGACCCCCGCAGUGCCCUCAGUAUCUGAAGAUGAAGAUGAUGAAGAUGAUGCAGCUCCACCCCCUGUGAUAGCUCCACGACCUGAACAUACCAAAUCUAUAUACACCCGCUCCGUGAUAGACCCCCUUCCUCCUCCUACCAGAGAUGUGGCCACCUCUCCUAUUUCUUCUCCCACCGAAAACAGCACAACGCCCCCCGACAUGCUGGUCAGAAACACAGAGAAACAGAAGAAAAAACCAAAAAUGUCAGACGAAGAGAUCUUGGAAAAACUGAGGAGUAUCGUGAGUGUGGGUGAUCCAAAAAAGAAGUACACGCGUUUUGAGAAGAUUGGACAAGGAGCCUCAGGUACAGUUUACACAGCAAUGGAUGUAGCUACAGGACAGGAGGUUGCAAUCAAACAGAUGAAUUUGCAGCAGCAGCCCAAAAAAGAACUGAUUAUUAACGAAAUUCUUGUAAUGAGGGAAAACAAAAACCCCAACAUUGUCAACUACCUGGACAGUUAUCUUGUAGGAGAAGAGCUGUGGGUAGUCAUGGAGUACUUGGCAGGAGGCUCCCUAACAGAUGUUGUGACAGAGACCUGCAUGGACGAAGGACAAAUCGCGGCUGUAUGCCGAGAGUGUCUCCAGGCUCUGGAAUUUCUCCAUUCAAACCAAGUUAUUCACAGAGACAUCAAGAGUGACAACAUCCUGCUGGGAAUGGACGGCUCUGUCAAACUAACUGAUUUCGGCUUCUGUGCCCAGAUCACUCCUGAGCAGAGCAAGCGCAGCACCAUGGUGGGAACCCCAUACUGGAUGGCACCUGAAGUGGUGACCCGGAAAGCGUACGGGCCCAAAGUGGAUAUCUGGUCACUAGGGAUCAUGGCCAUUGAAAUGAUUGAAGGAGAGCCCCCCUACCUCAAUGAGAACCCCCUGAGAGCCCUAUAUCUCAUUGCUACUAAUGGGACUCCAGAACUGCAGAAUCCGGAAAAGCUUUCACCCAUAUUCCGAGAUUUCCUAAACCGCUGUCUUGAAAUGGAUGUGGAAAAGAGAGGUUCUGCAAAAGAGUUGCUACAGCACCAGUUCCUGAAAAUUGCAAAGCCUCUGUCUAGUCUCACUCCUCUGAUCAUUGCAGCUAAAGAAGCAGCAAAGAACAACCAUUAAAGUAAUGGAGUCAACAUAGUCAUCGUGUCAAGCCUUUUAGAUGUUUGUUUCAAAGACUGAAUUACCUGCCCCACCUCCUUUCUGCUCCUCCUUCGCAGGAGUGCUCUUAAGGCUGUGAUCUGCCCAGAAGGGUGGCAGAGGUAGCGUUAGCCAAAUGUUGAAAGGCGCGCAGCAGGGACAUUGCUGAUCUUACGAAGUGAACUGUCUUUCCAUCCCCUUGGUGGGGGUGAGUAUUUCGUACGGUUGAAAAGAUCUUUCUGAGAACGUCUGAACCUGACCUACACGUAGCAAAGCCACUUUGUUUCAUAUUUCUUAUUGUGUUUAUUUUUAAAAAAAUAAUGUGGAGCCUUAGACCAUGUUUAUCUUAAUAAAUUAAAUCUAUUGCUGGCUGGACUUUCUUUGCUUGUGCCAAGCUGCUAUUACACCACUGAGGCUGCUUUGUGCUUUGGACGACUUGAGGAGGGAAGGAAGCAGCCAGCAGAAACCCGAACAGCUGUAGUAACUGAAAGGGGGAACAAGGGCAUGAAUACGAAGGCCCCUUUGCAGCACUGCUGGAUGCUUUGAGAGAGCCUGGAGAAAGCCCGUGUGUACUUCCUGCAGCCGUUGGAGAACUUAAUUCAUGGAUGAUCUUUCUGCCAAAUUUUGGAAAUCAGACCCUCCGCACCCUAGUUCCAACUCAACUAGUUAAACAGAUCUCUUAAGUGUUUCUGAUAUUCUAGAAGGUAAAUUACAGAAGAAAUUGUCAGAGAGACCUUUUAAGGUUGUAGCGCUGUGAGGCUUUUUAGAGACCCCUGCCUGCCCUGUAUGAUAAAGCAAACAGAGUAACUGUGUUCAUAAAGAUAAGAUUUGCUUGCAAAAUGAUGUUGAAAACUCUUGUUUCUGAGAUGAAGUCCAACGAAAGAGAGAUUGACCACAGACACUGCUUUCUUGGAAGCAUGGGGACAAUGUUAAUUUUUUGAAAUGAAAGAAUAACCUGGUUUCUUUAUGCUACUGACUCUAAAUCCUCUGGUUGCUGUAGUCUAUAAAACAGGAAAUAUGGAACUACUAGUGAGAUCUGUCAUAAACACUGUAUACUGAUUUUUAAUAAAAUGCCUGCUGCAUUUCUUAA